AUGACCGCGAUUCAAUUUUCUUGCAAAAGAAUCACUUGGUGUGCUAGCCUGGACGUAGACGAUAGGCCCAGUGCAAGCUCUCACAUUCGGACCAAGCCUAGCCCCACUGCAACCACUCGUGAAACGCCCGCUCCUGCCACUUUGACCCCCAGGGGAUUGCUGUCCCGACGAUCUGUUCCAAGCUUCUUUCCCAGCCUCCAGAAUACAGCUUUGGAACGUCAUCCUUCGCCUGGUGCGAUCGCGAUUCCUUCUUCUGAACUCAAUGCCGCGGAGCCAGCCGACCAAGAUCUCCCUUCCGCGCUCCGCCCUCAUGUAAACAGCGUCAUGCCAUCGAGCAUGGCCUUCUCCGAAACACGAACGCUGCCGAGUGGGCAUAGCCGCAGCUUGAACGCCGCCCCUCGUUUGUCCGAGUCCAAGGGCAUAGAUGAGAACAGACCUAGAAAUGACGAUAUCUUCCUGAACAUCGCAAGGACCGAUUCGGGCCGCAGAGACUCGCUGGGACGGUCGGACUUUCGACGGUCUCGUCUGGGUUAUUCCAGUGGAAGUUUACGGUCGCCGACCGCUCGCGACGAAGAACAUACCCCUUCCCCAGAUCAUCGCCCCAGUAAUUUUGACAGCCCCUUGCAUUCGCAAAAUGCCUCUACUCUCUCGUACAACCCUGCCCCUCAUGCGCCAGCCUCGGCUCAUCCUCUCGAUGAUUCAAGUCGCUUUCGCUACUCCAGCUUGUCAGGGGCGCGAUCUACCAUUGGCGCACCCCGAAGCCGACUCAGUCGCACCAGCCCUGAAACCUCUCCGCGCUCCCCAGCCGUGAACAGGGAUCUCGAGCCUCGAGAGCGCCGCGCAUCUCUACAUGAAUCCCGCCUUCAUCGUAACUCCGGUCUAUCUACCGUCAGAAGUAGUCGGCAACCGUCCGCCUCAGAAGCCACGGAACGCGCCCCAGACGACGUGGAGAAGUCGCGAGCAGAGGAAAGCGGAUCCAAUCUGUCCACAACGGCACCCUCUACGGUCUGGGACCAGCUCGAUGACUUGAAAUCUCGCAUUCGCAAAUUGGAAUUAACCGGGAAAUUACCCCCGUCGUCUCAAGCAGCCAUCUCGGGGGCCAACGAACGACCGCGAACUGCAGCCACUACGAUGACGACCUUGUCUACCUCCCCUAGACACUACCGUAAGGCUAGCAGCCCUUCCAUGGAGGAAAAUCCCGUACAGAACCAAGUGCAUCCGAUUCUGCAGUCGGCACUGGCCAAGGCCAAGAUGGUCCUGAGCAAUGACGUGUACGCGGCACUAGAGGUGACGAUCACCGAUGCUUUGGCUCUUUCUACGACGUUGGGUGCCAAUACAGCUCCGUCGGGCUCCGUCUCCGUGGUCAAUGGAGGAUAUAGUUCACCUGAGCGUCAUGCGCGCCGCAAAGCCGACAGUGUGUGUCGGAGUCUUACUGAGCUUUGCAUCGCUUUGACCGAUGGAGAGCUCAAGAGACGUCGACCGUCGUCGAGCCAAGGCACGGCCUCGCAGCCCCAACGAGCAAAUGGUAGCGAAGCGGAGCCGUCGAGGCCAACGUCCUCAUACCGGGCCGCCAGCCAUGAACCAGAAAGUGUCGAGCGACGCCCGAGUACCAACCGCAUAUCGAGUCGCCUCGAGGCGCGCAGAGCUUCAGUGGCCAACCCCAGCCCUGGAUCGAUCAAUGAAUCUAAACCAGCCCAAUCACCCAACCUGACUACCCCACCAAGUCGCCUUCACCGCAUCUCCACCUCUCUCCGCAGUCGCAGGGUACCUACUGAGGACGCGGCCGUGGAAACCCCUAACUCCAGCCGCUCACUUACCCGCGCAAUGACCGAGGUCGCUACUCCGAGUCCUGCUCAAAGUGUAUCGCCGCGACAGCGAUUCUCCUAUGGCCAUUCGGUUAAUCGUUCAGGCUCUGGUGUUCAGCAAGAGCAAGGCCUUGGGCUCACGCCUCGCUCCCCACAGUAUCCACCAUCGACUCCACAAGCCCCAGCAUCGCAACCUCGAACACCCUCUACUUUAUCCCAAUCUGGCAUCCCGACUCAUACUGGCAUUCCAUCUCAAUCUGGCAUUCCAUUCCGUCGCAGCUACAUGACGCCUGGCGUCUACUCUCCCGCAACAUCGCGUUCCAACAUCCAGGCAGGAUCUCGACGAUAUGGGCUUUCGCCUGGAAUUGAAGAAAACCCCCGCCCCUCCCAGCUAGAGCCCUCCCAGACGCGCAUUAGCGGUCCCUCUGGAAAAUCCGUCACCAGCUAUACUCCCAUCCAACAACCCCGCCUGCGAACCAACAGUCUGGGAAGUCGCAAAUUCGCCCUGAGACGCCGUUCCGCAGUUAUGCCUGAUGACCCCGUCAACCUAGACGACAGCAUUGACUAG